AUGUCUGUAAUUGACGAAGAACUUUUACGGAAAUAUUAUAGUGACAAAUUCCCACUUGAGGACAUCAAACAAUGGAUAAGUUACGGUGGAAACGAACCACUCGAAAAUCGCGAGUGUGGUUUCUUCUUUGAUGACGAGAAAUUCAUGAGAUGGCAAACAGUAGACGUUCUCAGAAGAUUAGCUUUAGCAAAUCCACCUCAACGUAUGGAAAUCGGACCUGUUUACACACAUCCAAUCGCAAUUCGUCAACAACAGUCACCUGGAGAAUUCCGUCCAAAGUCAAAAGAAUUAAUAUUCGAUCUUGAUGCUGAUGAUUUCAAAGACAUUAAAUGCUGUUGCGGCGAUUCCGAAAUUUGCGAAAAAUGCUGGCCUUAUAUGCACUGCGCUAUCGACUGUCUUACAACAAUUCUUCGCACAAACUUCGGCUUCAAGAAGAUUUUCCCUGUUUUUUCAGGUCGUCGUGGUAUUCACAUUUGGGUUUGUGAUAAGAAGGCAAGAGAACUUUCUGCUGCUGUUCGUGACAAGAUAGUUCAUUACUUGAACCUCAAAGAAAUUACAGAAAUGGAUAAUUUCCUUCUAAACGCAAGUCCUUUACUUAAACAAAUGCUCCCAUCAUGCGAAAAGUACUUCUGCAAGAUUUAUCGUACACAAAACAUCUUCAAGAAUCAAAAAACAUCAGAAAGAGCAUACAAACUUCUCGGAUCAGAAACAAUUAAACAAAUUAAUAAAAUUAUCGAUUCUACACAUGGAACAGACGAAGAAAGAUGGGAAUCAGUCAAAACAAUGGCAUUCAAGGGCAAGACUUUUGCAGAAUCUGAUCAAUAUAAGAGACUUAUUGUAUUUUAUUCUUUCCCACGUUUGGAUGAAAACGUUACAAAAGGUAUGAACCACCUUCUUAAGAGUCCAUUUUCUGUCCAUCCAAAAUCAGGUUUUAUCUCUGUUCCAAUUCCUCCAGAAAAAUACGAAUUACUUCCGCAAACAUGGGUUCCUUCCUUCGAGAAACUCAUGAAAAAUGAACCAGAAGCAGUUCAAGUGUUUGAGGAAUCCAAGAGAUUGUUGAAAGAACAUGCUUCUAAGCCUGAUGAAUAA